AUCAGGCUAGGUGUCUGCUUUUGUGCCUGAAUGCAAAUAUAGGAACAUGGACCCGCUGGUUGACUAAUCGAUUUUAAUCGUAAAAUUAGUAUUUGUUUAAUUUACCGAGUCGUCACUUAACCAUUUUUAACCACGAUUCAAGCCCACUACCUUGUCAUCUGGCUAUAUAAAACUCAACUUUAAUCAUUAUCAUGCCCAAAGGAGGAAGAAAAGGUGGCCAUAAAGGGCGUAUGAGAACCUACACAAGUCCUGAAGAAAUAGAUGCUCAGAUGAAAGCAGAGAAAGAACGAAAGAAGAAUGAAGAGGAAGAAGGUGCAUCAGUGAAUGACAACCAAAGUGAGGAGAAAUUGACGGCAUCAGGUUCAGAGGACAGUGAUGAUGAAGUGUCUGAGAAAAGGAAGGGUGUUGAGGGCUUGAUAGAAAUUGAAAAUCCCAAUCGUUUGGCCCAAAAAGCAAAGAAAGUCACAGAAAUAGAACUUGAGGUACCCAAACAGCUUUCCAGAAGAGAAAGGGAGGAGAUUGAAAAGCAGAAAGCUAAGGAGAGGUAUAUGAAAAUGCAUUUAGCAGGAAAGACAGAUCAAGCUAAGGCAGAUCUUGCUCGGCUUGCCAUUAUUAGAAAGCAACGGGAAGAGGCCUCACGGAAAAAAGAGGAGGAACGCAAAGCAAAGGAAGCAGCACAGGCAGCAGCAGCAGCUAAAGGAAUUCAUUCAUUGUCUCUCAAAUGAUCUUAAAGGUUUUGAUGCAUUUGUGGACAGUAUACGAUUAUAUUGACAAAAUUAUUUUUGAAGACAAAGCUUGAUGAUGUGUUAUGCUAUUUAAAACAUUGUAACACAAUGUUUCUGUGGGAAAGGAUUAUUUCAGAGUAUAUUAACCCUGAAAGCAAUGCCUUUGUGAGAGCCCUGAUGAUUUCACUAAGUGGAUAUCUUGUAAUGCUUGCUUUCUCUUGAUGAUAUUAGGAGUAUAAACAUAUUUAUUAAUAUAUUAACAUGUAACGUGGGGAAUUUUGCUGUCUCAGUUUGGAGAAUUAUGGUAAAGACGACUUAAUGUGUUCUCAGAUGUAAAGGACCUGAUUUCAUUUUAGAAUGAUGUUCUGAUGGUAUUGAAAUAAUGUUAAGUAUAACAUGUAAUACCAAUAAAAUGUCAGAACUUUUAUUGAAAAUGUAUUUGUAUCAUGUUGUAAAACAUUUACAACCACUGAAAAAAGAGACCACUCCAAAUAGAUUUUCAGUUUUUACGUGUUUAGGUAAAAUGAUCAUUUUUGUUUCAUUCUGUGAAUUAGUUUGAAUUUUUCAUUGUUUUUCAUUUGCAUUUAUUUGGAGAAAUUUGAAACAGGACAAACAGUCAAAAGAACAGAAAAGGUGUAAUGUUUCAAUACUGAACAAAAUGUAUUUUAGGUUCAGUUCAGAAAUCAAUAUAUGAUAUAAUAAGCCAGAUUUUUUCUCAACUUUCUUUGCAUUCUCUCACUCUCUGGCAUUGCUUUUGGGUGACUUUGUCAUUCUUGAGGUUUAUUUGUUGAAAUUAAACAGACACUAAAUUUGAAGUGUCACAAUACAUCUAGAAAUUAUGAUUAAAUGCAAAACUGGAGUGAUCUCUUAAUUUUUUCAGUGGCUGUAUGUCUUAACAGUCUCCUUGCAACUGUUGAUAUAUUUACAAUAGAAUAACAUUAUCAUGUGACCCAGCAGAGAAAUAAG